UGUUGUAAGUUGAUAGGGGACACAUUACGGCAGCGCACGCACCAUUGACCAGCGCGUGAGAAAUCUAGCAUAAACUACUCAAAUUACAUUAUAGCUCAUGCAGUUCCACAUAUCGUGCCUUAACGAAUCUCUUCUUUUGUUACUAAAUUGUGUUGCAAUGUUUUAUUUUUAUGUUUUUGACUUUCGGGUGAGAAAUUGCGAGGCAGCUAACUUAAGCUAGCUUGUUUCAUAUCCAUAAUUUGACCUUGUUUCUCGAAAAUUACUUUUUAAUUGUUAGUUGUUGUUGGGCAUAUUUGUUGUUUGAAAGCAUUUGUAAGCUCCAGUUAACUAACAUCCUCUGUUUCAACGGAAAUAGCUUAAUGGUGCAAUUUUAGACAUAUGUUUAAUUUGUUCGUGUUCAUUAAAAAAAUAGAAAACCAUUAUAUUUACACUCCUAAAACAUCUGCGAAGCUCUUCUUUAUCAUCAUGUCUGCGCGGGUACCCAAAAACAUCAUCAGAUGGUCCCUACGUUUUUGCUGUCAGAGGUUUCCACGGAAACAGCUCAAUUUCCUUAAUACGGGAUAUUUUUCUACUCAUCCUGUUCGCCUCUGGUGCUCAAAGCAGAACCAGAAAUGUCUUUCCAGUAGUCUUGCCUGUUCAGAAAGGUUCUACUCUCAGAACAGGAAUCAUAAUGAAGGAAUGGAUGAGAUUAACAACGUGGAGCAAUCAUUUCCAACUGAUGAGACAACUUCAACGCAGAGACCGAUAAUUUCCCCAUUCUGGAACCACCUGGAGCGAUGUCGCUCUCCGUCAGACGUGUUGGACCUCACCUGUAUGUACUCACCUACAAAUCACCAGGUCAGCAACUGCCUGACCCACAUGUGGUCCUCCACGAAGAAGAUGUCCGAUGAGCAGCGGUGCUAUGAGUUGCAGCUGAUGUUUGAGCACCCUGAAUUUGACAAGUUACUGCAAAGGGCGAUGAAAUCUGUUCAGUUCAUGAGAAACGAUGACAUCACAUACGCCCUACUGAGUUUGGUCAAACUGGGUGUCCCUCAACGUAGCUAUGUGGUCCAGACUUUCCUUCGAGCUUGCCAGGAGAAGCUCAAUGACUUUGAUGAGAAGAAUUUGUCCAUUUUGGCCUCUUGCCUGAAACAGAUGGACGGUCCGAAUGUGGAUGCACUGAAGGAGGGGAUGAGGCUUGUUGUUAAAAUCAGUCUUCCUGGGAUCAAAAAUGUGGUGGCUCUCCAGACCAUGAUGCACCUUUUGGGAAAAGAUUCCCCAAAGGAUCUUAAACAAAAACUAGAGAGAAAGGCCUUAUCGAUGAGUGAUCAGUUCAGCCUUCCCAACUCUCAACACAUGAUCUUCACUUUGGCCGCCAUGGGCUUCUACUCCAAACCACUGCUGAGUGUUUGCAGCAAAAUAAUCGCAGAAAACCUUCACAACAUCCCUUUUACCAGAUUAUAUCAGGUGCUGCUGUCCUUUAAGGAGCUGCUCUACAGAGACCCACACCUGCUCACUGAAAUCUCAGAAUAUGUUGCUUCCACUCUUGAUAUUUGGACCAACAAACAGCUGGUUCUUUUUCUGUCUGUGUUCGAGGACCUCGUCUUUUGUCCUUCUGCCUUAAUGGAGGCUUAUGCUGGGAAAGUGAUGGAAAACCCGAAUGCGCUGACUCUAAAAGACCUCCUGUGUGUGUUAAAGGUUUACUCCUCCUUUAACUAUGAUCUGCAGCAUCGGAGACAACACUUCCUCGAUAGCCUGAGUGAUGCUCUUGGCUCCUAUCUGCCCAACAUGCCUGGGAUGCAGUUAUUAAAGGCCGUCUACUGUCUCUGUCUGCUGAAUCACUUCCCCUCUGUCCUUCUGGAGCAUCUCCUGGACAGUCAUGUCCUGGAGCAGCUUGAAACAGCAAAAUUUCCCAAGGGCCGUGAUCGAAUGCUCCAGAUGGUGGACCUGUGCCUUCGUCUGGACUGUCCUCCUCUUCCUCAGCCUUUGACUGUCCCCAGCUCUGUCUUGGGAAAUCCCAGUCCCAACAGACCUCUGGUUAACCCGCGGCUCUCUCGGAGUUUGCAGCGCCUGCUGGCGGGUCAGACGGAUACGGAGUUCCAGGAAACGGUGGUGGUGGAGAACUUCUAUUUCGUAGAUGGUGUUAUUACCAAACCACUGCCAAACCAGUCCUGUGAGACGGAGACAAGUAGCUGUGCAGAGGAGCAGAGCUCUCCAGCAGGAAGCAAUCAAAGAAUCGCCGUUAUUUACGCACCAAACUCUAGUUUUUGCUACGACACAUCUCAUCCUCGUGGUCACCUUGCUGUCCAGAUACGUCACCUGCAGAUCCUGGGAUACUCCCCCGUUCUGGUGACAGAACAAGAUCUACAGUUGGUGUCUGAUGGAGAGUUGCUGGACGUUCUCAGACGAAGGAUUUUUCCCGAACACGCAUCAGAAACAUGCAUGAAAACUGAAGAUUUGGGCUCUUAAAGCUGUAAACGGCUCAAAUGUAAUGUAUUCAACAAUAAAUGAUUUAAACAGUAA